AUGGAUUUCUCCGCGGAUGAAAAUGACGCUCUCCAACAGUACAUGCCCAGUCAGUUUGGCAAAAAAGAUGGCUCCGUAGACGUUGAAGCCCAGAUCGAACGCGCACGCCGGAAGGUUGUCGACGAGAGCAAGCCAGAAAAGAAAGAUGACGGAUCAGACGAUGACAAAGACUCCGAUGAUGAUAGCGAUAUGAGCGACGAAGAAGACGAGUUCCCGGUGUCGCACGAAUUGAUUAUCAAAACGCAUGAUCGCGCAGUUACGACAAUUGCCCUCGAUCCCUCUGGCACGCGGUUGGUGACUGGAAGUAAUGACUGCAUGCUCAAGCUUCACGACCUGAGUGCUCUCACUCCUAGUACGAUUCGCGCGUUCAAAACCGUCGACCCGUUCACCACCAAGCCAUCGCAGACAGCCGAGUCGCAUUCGAUACACCAGGUCCUAUUCGGUCCACAGUCGGGAGGACAGUUCCUUUGCAUAACUGCGACAUCACAACCGAGGCUUUUUAGCCGAGAUGGAGAUCUCAUAUCGGAGUUCGUCAAGGGGGAUAUGUAUUUGAGAGACAAGCAUAAUACAAAGGGACACACAGCAGAGGUUACUAGCGGCGCAUGGCACCCGACAAACCGCGAUCGUUUUGCUACAGCAGGCACGGACAGCACAGUGCGGAUAUGGGAUGUCAACAAGAGGAUGAAGCAGGAGGAGGUCAUUGUGUACAAAUCCAGAGCUGCCGGCAGCGCGGGCAUGACCAGGAUGACAGCCAUUGCUUGGGGCGCGGCAGCCGAAGGAGGAAGCAGUAUGCUAGUCUCGGCAGCCCUUGACGGAAGUUUGGUCAUGUGGGGUGGUGAAGGGCCAUACCAUCGUCCUACAGCCGAAAUAAAGGAUGCACAUACAAAGGACACUUGGACGAGCGGAAUUGAUAUCAGUACAGAUGGGAGGUUAGUGGUCACGAGAGGCGGCGACGACACGAUCAAGCUAUGGGACACGAGGAAGUUUAAGACACCUCUGAACACGACAUCACACCCUUCUACCUCGUCACAAUUCCCUACAUCUAAUAUCCAGUUUGCGCCCAACAUGCAAAGCAUAAUUACAGGAUCUGGAACUGGCCACUUGCAUAUCCUUAACCCAGCGACGCUUCGCCCAGAACUGGUCACACCUGUAACGCCAGGCUCUCCUCUAGUCACGGUCAAUUGGCACCCGAAGCUCAACCAAAUCCUCACCGGUUCGGCCAAUGGUCAAACAACCAUUCUCUUCAAUCCCAAGCUAUCUAACGCCGGCGCCCUCACAAUUCUGAGCAAAAAGCCUAAGAAGCGACACGUUGACGACGACCCGUCCCUCACAGUAGACAUGGACCCGCUAGGUAUGGCAGGCGAGGCCCACGAUCCAUCCGGCAACGCGGCAUCCUUCUCAGCACGCCACCCUACCAUUGGCCUUACAGCAUCAGGCAAGAGCAGAGAUCCCAGAAGGCCGCAUAUUCCUGCUACAACGCCUUUUGCCAAGUCUACACCUGAUCAGAAGUACGUUAUGGAGCAGAUUGCUGGCAGUGAUAUGAGGGACGAGGACCCUAGAGAGGCGCUACUCAAGUAUGCGCCAAAAGAAGGUGAAAAGGCCAUUUUCACGGGUGCAUGGGAGAAGACACAACCAGUAGGCAUCUACAAAGAUUAUGAUAGCGAAGAAGAGAGAGAUAGCAAAAGGAAAAUCUCUCCAAUUCGACAACUCCCACCACCGGCAAACAUGUUCACCUCAACCAUCCGCACUGCCGUGCGCGCACAGCCCGCCGCCGCCGCCGCCUUCACACGCAGUUUCUCUUCCACUCGCCCCUCGCAAGUUGCCCGCAUGACUGUUGUCGGCCGCCUCGGAGUUGCGCCAGAGGAGGUUACCAUUUCUGGAGACCGAACAUUGGUGCGCUACGUGGUUGGUACCAGCUACGGCAAGGGCGAAGAGAAAAAGACCAGCUGGUUCCGGAUUGCUAGCUUUGUCCAGGGCGCACAGAAGGAUUUCUUGAUGAAUGUGCCCAAGGGCUCGCUGCUCUAUGUCGAUGCUGAUGCGCGCAUGGAGACAUAUCUCGAUAGUGAGGGAAACAAGAAGAGCAACUUGAGCUUGGUCGCCCGUAACUUUGACGUGCUGUCGCGCGCCCGCAGCGACGAGCCUGAUACCAACGACGAGGGUCUCAUCCAGGAGGCCUCCGGUUAGACAUGCACGGCUUCAAUUCUCAUGUAGAAUCAAUGUCACUUUGCGCAACAUGUCUUAAAUUCGGAGGCUGACUGGAAGAGGAUGGCGUGGCAAGGUCAAUGCACACGCAAUUGCGAAUGGCAGUGGCGAUGGCCUUUGCCAGCCGCAGUAUGAAUUGUUUGCCGAAUCUUGAUUCAGGAUAGCAGAGUGUAUGAAUAUUGUCUGAACGUUUCUACUGUAUGAUCUCUCCGCUCAAAGCGGCUGGCGAUAAUGCUUUCCGAAUGAUACCUUUUUCCUUGCAAUGCAUUGAUUCGCGCUGCCCAUGAUUUUGACAACAGGCGGUAGCCAUGGAU